UUGGUCAGAAUAAUGAAGCGGCUUUUGCAAAUUUUAGUAGUGGAAAUUAUAGUUCUGUGUUGCCCUUUACCGACUCUGCAAAGGCAAUUUCCCAUUGUGAAAAACAAUGGAUGUGCUGCUAUUAAAAAUUCUGUUGACCCACCCAUAUUUGAUGGUAACUUUUGGAUAAUAACCCGGUGGUUGAAAUAUCAGAAUACAAAACCUUUCAAAUGUUUUCUGGAACAUUAUUCACCGGAAAUGCCUCUGGCGACUCGACAAAGUGUUUUUCUGGCUACCGACAAUAAAAAUUAUGCAGUUCAGUUAACAUGCUUAGGCGGAGAUUCGUCUGAAGAAAGUGACGGAAUGGCCAAUUAUUUGGUACAGACCUACGCCACUGAGAAAAGGCCAUCAGUUAGAAUUAUGAAGAACAUUUUGCAGGCGCACAAAAGACACGGCUUGGAUAUGAAGUUUUUAAAAUAUUGCGUGUAAAUAUACUAGAAAAAAGUACUUAAAAUUAUUCUUAAUCGUAUUUCCGUUGAAAAGAGGCUUUUGGAUAAUAAUUUUACUAUCAAAUCUUAAUGGCUGCAAUAACCAGAAUUGCCAAUUUUAAUUAGAUAGUAAAUUUGUGUGUUUGUGUCUGUUUUUC